UUUCUUGUACAGAUUGUUUGCACUGAUUUACUCAUUGGUCGACAACUGCAGCAAAUAUUACCCGUGAUUCGGGAAGCGGCUACAAUUGCUCGAGAGGCAGUUCGUGCAUGUUCUGUUUUCACGGCAUGGUCAAGAGAGCUCGGAGACAGGAUUCGAACGCUUGGAUUGGAUUCCGAAACGCUGAUGGGAUUUGCUGAUGAGCUGCAGAUUCGUUUCGGUCAGCGACUGUUGGCCAAUCACUGGCUACCACCUUCACUAACGCCUCUGCUUCGAAUAGCAGCGAUUGCUCUGCGACAGAACAUCGAAACGAAGCAAGUCGAGAGGACGUCGAUCGGCAGCAAUACUGAAUUAACAGUGGACACUAUCGGCUUCAUGGAAUCGGAACUGCAAUCACUGAGGAGACAGCGCGAUGCGAAACAGGUAUUUGUU